AAAACACUCCUAUUAUUUGCUUUCAAGGCGCAAAGUCACUCCCGAGAUACUGCCUAGAUGUACGGCGUACUACAAUGGUAAUUCAGUGUCAAUCAACUACUUAAACCUAGCGAUGUAGCGAUGCAAACGCACCCACUCGAUAAUAAGAACGCCUGGGCUCAUGGCUACCAGCAUCCGCAACGCAGGUACCGCCAAGUGGUAAGUGGCUUGAAUAGGCCGGUCCCACAUGUAUGCUCUGGAGAUGUAUUGGUCGACGCCAAGAUGGCUCAGGGCCGUCCCUUCAAGAGUGCAGUCUUCCCGCCUCCACGGGUUGGCCGAGCUCAGCACUGCUGUUUCAAUUUGACAAUGCAGCCUCUUAUUUUGACAAUCGCUGCUGUCGCUACCUUGCUCAGCUCGGUAGCUGCAGGCCCAGUACAGUCGACUCGGGUGCGAACAAGUACUGGUGGAACUAUCGUCGGACACGGAGCAUCGAACAAGACGAGCGUUACCGAGUUCUUAGGCAUCAGAUACGCUGAAGCACCAAUCGGCGAGCUGAGGUUCGCAGCUCCGAAGAAAUACGUGGCGCCUCGAGAUUCCGUCUUCCAGGCUUCUGAGUGGUCAGCCGACUGCCCUUCGAACAAACCACCGGUGAGCGCAUUUCCCAACUUCACACAACCCUCUGGACUGCGCGUAUGGAAGAAUUUCGCCGCUCAGAACAGCAACCCCACGUCUGAAGAUUGCUUGAAGCUCAACAUUUGGACGAAAAAUCCCGGCAAGCCCCAGGCGAAAAAGCCAGUGUUGGUAUUUCUUCACGGUGGACGAUUUCAGAUACCUGGUCCUCACAGCCCGCUGUAUAACGGCCAGUAUCUAGCUGAUAGCCAGGACGUAGUCGUAGUCACCCCCAACUAUCGUCUCGGUGUCUUUGGCUUCUCAGGCGCUCCUGGUGUCGAGCCGAAUGCCGCGCUCAAGGAUCACCGUGCUGCGGUCGAAUGGAUACGUGACAACAUCUCUGCAUUUGGUGGCGACCCAUCUCGCAUUGUCAUCUUUGGUCAGAGUGCUGGAGGAGCAAGUGUUGAUUACUGGUCAUUUGCUUGGAAGCGAGACCCUAUCGUUGCUGGGCUCAUUCCGAUGUCGGGAACAUCACUGAGCUUUUUGCCAAACACACCGGACUAUGCUCAGACUCUGUGGUAUAACGUCUCGCAGACAGUCGGCUGUGGUGGGCCCAGUGAUGAUGCCGCCACAGUACUCUCCUGCGUACGAUCCAAGGAGUCCUCCGCCCUUCUUGCUGCUGCUGCUAGGGUACCUGCGCUCCCUACACAGGCACUUGGGCAAGCAACUUUUCAUCCUACCGUGGACAACGUUACAGUCUUUGCUGACUACCAGCAAUUGGCCGCUUCUGGAGACUUUGCCAAGCUCCCACUGAUGGCCGGUAAUACUGACCAAGAAGAUGGAUGGUAUCGAAUUUCGGGUUGGGCAGCGAAGCUCAAUUUCACCAACGCUCAAUGGGAUCUCUUUACGGAACGCGGAUUUACUUGUCCGGUAGCUCUCUCGACAAAGUACAGGGUUCAAUACGGCGUUCCCACCUGGCGCUACCGUUACUUUGGCGAUUUCGAUAAUCUUCGCCUAUACAACUCGAGUGCAGGUCUGAGCCCGAGGGGCAGUGCUGCCUAUCACGGAGUAGACCUGAGUGUUGUUUUCGGAACCGCUGCUGAUAACUCGGGUCUUGCCAACUCUGCUGCAGAGGAUGCUACAAUCAAAUAUGUUCAGGGCGCGUUUGCCGCAUUCGCCCGCGAUUCGAAGAAGGGGUUGGCGCAAUACGGGUGGCCCGCUUACAAGGAGACCGGCAAAACUCUUGUUGGUCUUGCAUACAAGAACAAUCCACGACCGACAUUUUUCGAGGCAACCACGUACGACAAGGCCUGCCCUGCAAAGAAUGAUCCGUUGCCUGCACGUGGAGCGUUUUAGGGCAAGAUGGACGCGAUACUUAAUGUUUAUAGUUAUAGUACCUAAUGGAAAGCCCUUAUGCGC